UAUCCAUAUGAUGGGACAUUUUUUUAUGUAUCUCAUGAAGACUCCCGAGAACCCCGCUUGAAGAUUCCACCARUUAUGGACAACAUGGUAGUUAAAAUCAAGUUCAAUACUCUUAUGCUACCAACAUCAAAAGAUAAUACCGUUGUCGAGAUCGCAAAAUUUGAAACGGCGCACAAAGACAGGGUGAAAUACAGCUUCCGACCGAAAAAUAUAACUCUUUACUCAGAAAAAACAUUACCUCUAGGUCAGAGGAUAACUUUAAUUGAGACAUAUUUAAACAGAGAGGAUGUUCAAAGUGAUUUUAAGGAUGGAAGAGUUGUCUUAUUUCUUCGUGUACGAAGUAACAAUAUGCACCAAAAACACCUCAAGACCACGUACGAAUGGAUGUGGAGCAAAUUGCUGACUUUUAACAAUGCUUCAGCAAAUUCAGCGAAGCGAUGCCAAAAAUGGGCAGAAAAAGAGAGAGACAUCGUGCCAUACGUUGGUAUGUAG